AUGCUUAAUCUUCUCUCCAUCAGUAACUCUACUCGCCUUCGUUUUCUCAACAAGGUUUCUUCUCUCUCAUGUCGUUACUCUUUCGCGUUUUACUCUACUACCUCAUCUGCUUCGUCCCUGGGAAAUGAAUCAGCGACCCGACGCAACUACGAUAAAUCUUCUCCGUCUACAUUACCCUCCGUCGGUAAAUUGGAUCGGAUAUCGAGGUCUCUUCGUGGGGCAGCGAAGGAGAGCCGUGACGUUUCCGGCUCCUCUCUAAAAGACUUGCUUUUGGAUUUCUUCGAUGUUGUUCCCAACAUUACCCGUAGAUUCAGAAGAUUCCCUGGCUUGAAACCCGAAAAUGUUCUCGAAUUGUUACUGGGUUUUGAAUCCGAGCGUCAGAGAGGUGAAAUUGGAGGUAGAAAGGUGCGAGCUUUAUGGGAGAUUUUCAGAUGGGCUAGUGGGCAGUACAAAGGGUUUAAGCAUUUGCCUCAAGCUCGUGAGAUCAUGGCGUCAGCGCUUAUCAGGGAAGGAAUGGUUAAGGAAGUUGAAUUAUUGCUUAUGGAAAUGGAAAACAAUGGAAUUAGGUUUGAUAACGAGGAGAUUUUCUGUGAUUUGAUCGAGAAAUAUGUCGAUGAUUUCGAUUCCAGGAAGGCAGUUAUGCUGUUCGACUGGAUGAGGCGUAAGGGUUUCAUACCUUCAAGCUCGUGUUACCAGACUCUAAUUGAUCAUUUGGUUAGAGCUCACAGAACAGAAUCAGCACAUAGAGUUUGUUUGGAUUGGGUGGAGACAACGGCUGAAUCAAGUAACAUGAACAUUGAUGGAAUCGGGAAAGUUAUCGAGUUGCUUUGCUUGGACCAGAGGGUUCAGGAGGCUAGAGUCCUGGCGAGAAAGCUUGUGGCCUUAGGUUGUAACCUGAACAGCUCAAUUUACAGUAAGAUUACUUUAGGAUACAGCGAGAAGCAAGACUUUGAGGAUUUGUUGAGUUUCAUUGGUGAAGUUAAAUAUGAGCCUGAUGUGCUUGUUGGUAAUAGGAUUGUUCAUUCUCUCUGCAGGAGGUUUGGCUCAGAGAGAGCUUAUGUAUAUAUGGAAGAGCUUGAACAUUUGGGUUUUAAGCCCGAUGAAGUCACCUUCGGUAUCUUGAUUGGUUGGUGUUGCUUUGAAGGAGAUAUCAAAAGAGCAUUUCUGUAUCUAUCCGAGACCACAUCAAAGGGUUUAAAACCGGAUGUGUAUAGUUAUAAUGCUAUCUUGAGUGGGCUUUUUAGAAAAGGAUUGUGGCAACAUACCCGUUGUGUUCUUGAUGAGAUGAAGGAAAACGGAACGUUCCCUGGCUUGUCUACGUUUAAGGUAAUGGUAACCGGAUACUGCAAAGCUAGACGGUUUGAAGAAGCUAAGGCGGUUGUUAACGAGAUGUUUGGUUAUGGGUUAAUCGAAGCAUCUAAAGUUGAAGACCCUUUAUCAGAAGCUUUUAGCUUAGUAGGAUUUGACCCGUUAGCUGUUAGAUUGAAAAGGGACAAUGAUAAUGAAUGCUCCAAAGCAGAGUUCUUCGAUGAUCUUGGGAAUGGGCUAUACUUGGACACUGAUUUGGAUGCUUACGAGCAGAGGGUGAAUAUGGUACUUGACAGGUCUGUGUUACCGGAAUUUAAUCUGCUUCUCGUUAGAGCAUGUGGUGAUGGUGAUUUACAAACAGCUUUGGGGCUUCUUGAUGAGAUGGCUCGAUGGGGUCAAAAACUAUCACGUCGAGGUUUUGCUGUUUUGAUGAAGAGUCUUUGCGCAUCGCGUUCCCUUGUCAGAGUUAGUGUUAGCCUAUUUGGAAAAUGGCCAAAGUUGGCUAAUCAGUUAGAUGGAGAAACACUUAACUUUCUUGUCCAAGAAUAUUGCAAGAAGGGAUUUAGUCGCCAAAGCAAACUCAUUUUCCAUAGGAUGGUUCAAAUGGAUCAUCCUAUUGAUAACGCAACUUACACAUCUUUGAUAAGUUGUUUCUGUAAGAAAGAAACACUCAGUGAUGUCCUGAAUGUGUGGGACGCUGCUCAAAACGUUAACUGGUUACCUGAUUUGAACAGCUGCGGAGCUCUAUGGGAAUGUCUUGUCCGGAGAGGACUGGUGGAGGAAGCGGUUAAACUCUUUGAGCGUGUAUUCAUAUCUUAUCCUCUAUCACAGUCAGAAGCGUUUAGGAAUUUUGCUGAGAAGCUCACUGUUCUUGGGUUUUCUCGCAUUGCUCAUUCUGUUGCUAAAAGACUUGAAGGAGAAGGUUAUAUUGUGGAAGAAGAGGUUUACAAUCAUCUUAUCAAAGGACUCUGUAAAGAUAAGAAUGAUUCGGCUGCAUUUGCUAUACUCGACGAAAUGCUUGACAAGAAACACAUUCCGAGCUUGGGAAGUUGUCUGAUGUUGAUUCCUCGGCUUUGUGGAGCUAAUCAAACAGAGAAGGCAUUUACUUUAGCAGAGCAAUCAGAUUCAUCUUCUGUCUACAAUGCUUUGAUAGAAGGUCUAUGCUUAGCUGGGAUGAUGGUGGACGCUGAAAAUCAGUUGCGGUUAUUGCUAUCAAAUGGGUUUUUACCGGAUAACGAUACCUACAAUCUGAUGUUUCAAGGUUAUUGUAAAGGUAACAAUUUGAGGAAAAUUGAGGAAGUAUCAGGAAUCUUGGUGAGGAAGAACAGAAUCUGUUCAGUUACUAGUUACAGAGAAUAUGUUCGGAGAAUGUGUUUAGAGCGUCAGUUUCUCUCUGCAGUUAGUCUGAAGGAGAUUCUGUUGCUAGGAGAAAGCAAUCCUGACGGUGUAAUCAUCUAUAAUCUGCUGAUUUUCUAUCUGUUUCAGGCCAAGAAUCGUGUGGAAGUUAGUAAAGUCUUGCUCGAAAUGCGUGGAAGAGGAUUGUUGCCUGACGAAACCACUUUUAACUUUCUUAUACACGGAUACGCUCUGUGCGGAGAUUAUUCGAGUUCUCUGCGUUACUUCUCAGCUAUGAUCUCUGAGGGGAUGAAACCGAACAAUCGAAGCUUGAGAGUGGUUAUAAGCUCUUUGUGUGACAAUGGAGAUGUGAAGAAAGCUCUUGACUUUUGUCAGGUAAUGGAAUCAAAAGGCUGGAUUUUGAAUUCUUCAGUUGUCCAAACCAAAAUCGUCGAAUCUCUGAUUUCAAAAGGCGAAAUCUCAAAAGCUGAAGACUUUCUUAGCCGUGUGACAAGCAAUGGCAUGAUGGGGAGCUACGAUAAUCUCAUCAAGAGACUAGCUGACUGUGAGAAUCUUGACAUUUCUGUUCAUCUCUUGAACACAAUGUUAAAGAGAAGAAAGAUUCCGGAUGCUUCAAGCUAUGAUUCAGUCAUCAAUGGGUUGCUGAGAUGUGACAACCAGUUGGAUAAAGCUAUGGACUUUCAUGCAGAAAUGGUGGAACUAGGUCUAAGUCCAAGCAUAAAUACAUGGAGUGGUCUUGUUCAUAAGUAUUGCGAGGCUUGUCAAGUUGUGGAAUCAGAAAGACUAAUCAAAUCGAUGGUUGCGUUAGGCGAAACACCGAGUCAGGAGAUGUUUAAGACUGUGAUUGAUCGGUUUCGAGUGGAGAACAAUACUGUGAAAGCUUCGGAGAUGAUGGAAAUGAUGCAAAAGUGUGGCCAUGAAAUUGAUUUUGAGACGCAUUGGUCUUUGAUUAGUAACAUGAGCUCUUGUAAAGAGAAGAAGAAGACAACAGUUGGUGAAGGAUUCUUGUCUAGGCUUCUCUCGGGCAAUGGGUUUGCGUGGAAGCGAUGA